GAAAGAGGAGAGACUUCUUGGUCUCGACAUGUUCCUUGUGUAGGUUUUUCUACCCUUCCUUUAUAUUUGUGUCUAAAAUUCCCAGGCUUCGACCUAGUGUUAUCCUCUAAUAGUGCCUCGUAGGGAGCUAAUCCCAGCGUCUCUUCGGCAUUCAGAAAGAAACAGGCUGCCUCCCCGUUAGACCCAGGGUUAUGGUGUCCACUCCUUCCGGUGAUGCAUCUGAGCAGGAACUCUGAGGAUUUUGGAAUCGUCAUUGAAAUUGAGGUCCUACCGGUGCAUUUAGCCAGAUAGAGGGAUUGGCGUUCGCUUCCAUUCUCCUUUGGGCGAGGGUUAGAAUGUGAGUUAUUCAAGUAUGGCUACUGCCGGUGUGCUCGUGGUCGGUGUGGUAUUUUUUACUGGCGUGACCAAAAGCCCGGUGAAGUUGAACAAAAGAAGAACCUGGAGACGGGCUGAGCUGCCGAGACGCCCCCUUCCCCCAACCAAGCUGUGCUGGGAGAUGUCUUGGUAUCCUCCCCGCAUUACAAGGGCACCGUCCUUCUCGGGAGGCGGCCUAUGGAUUGGGGCCGUAUGAAGCUGAUGAGGUGCGAGCUCCGCAGCUCACUCAGUGCUUUGAUCACAACGACUGGGAAGAUGGAUUUUCUGGCCAGACAGACGGCGCCAAGUUCAAGCUGAGAGGGCCCGAGGCUCUGCUCACCCCCAGCCUGGCUCUAGCCCGGGAAGUGAGGGCUGAGCCUGGUGGAUAGGGACUUCUGGACAUUGGCCCCCCACGGCUUUUCCCAGGGAGGGAGAAGGACAGCGGGGUUGGCAGGCUCUACCCAAGGUUCCUUAUCCCUCACCCUGCCCCGUGGGUGUGGGUCUCGGGGCUGCUUUCGGGUAUCUGUGCAAUGUGGCACCCCGCGACUGAAAAGGGCGCGGUGAAGCGGCGCUGCCAGCGGCAGCCACGGCGUCUUUAGACGCCCAUUUGCGGGGCAGGGGCUGCCCCUGCCCUGCCCUCCAGGGGAGAGGGGCAGCUUUGCACUUCAAGGGGGUUUCCCCGGCCCCGCAGACACGCCGGAGCCGAGGGCUGUAGACAUUUGCCAGACGUGUGAACUUCCCUCCUCGCUGGUAGCUGUUAUCUCUGCUCGAUUCCCACUUUGAUGUGCGUUCGCACUUACGAACGACCCCUCCCGGGACGGAGCGCCCAUAUAAAGAGCGGGCCGCGGCCGUGGCUAACCCAGCCCCUCAUCGCCAUGGAUCAGGCCCAGAUCUCUUCGGCAGAGACCAAGCCCCACGGGGUGAGGCCCCACAUCUGCUGUGUGCCUCCUCCCCGCGCCCCCACCUCCCUGGGCAGUCCCACCCUUCUGGUGAGAGCCAAGCCCCGACGGGCCAGCCCCCAGCCCGCGGACAGCGAGCCCUGCGCGGCGGAGCGGAGCCGGGACCGUCCCCGGGAUAUCACCGACCGCUGCCCGUCGGAGCCAGCUCCCGACGGCGGCUGGCUCAGCGCCGACGAGUCCUCGGGCUACGAGAGCGAGAGCGCGGGCGGCGAGCGCGCCGGGGCCGCGGCGGCGGGCGGGAGCCGCGGGCGGCAGCGCCGGGCGCGCACCGCCUUCACCUCGGAGCAGGUCUGCCGGCUGGAGAAGACAUUCCAGCGCCAGAAGUACCUGGGCGCCACGGAGCGAAGGAAGCUGGCGGCCGCCUUGCAGCUCUCGGAGAUCCAGAUUAAGACCUGGUUUCAGAACCGGAGGAUGAAACUGAAGAGGCAGAUACAGGACCAACAGCACAGCCUCGUGUCCCCUGUUCCUGUCCACAGCUACGCCCCGGGGACCUCACCAGCUUUGUUCCAGGAUGGUCUCCACUAUCCCUUUGCUGCCCAGCACCAGAGACUCCUGCCUUUUACCCCGGUGCCCGCUGUGCAGUUCAGCUUCUCCUUUCCCAGAUAUGAUGCAUCACAAAGCACCUACCACUUUAUGGCAAAUGAACUGCCCUACUACCAUCAACACCUUCUUCCUCAUCCUUCUUUCCAUCCAGCCAUUCAGAACAAAAUGGACAGGCAAUGCCACCCUGUAUACGCAUUAUAGUGAAAAAGCAGUGUUUUAUGCUGUAAUGUAUUUCAUGCCUGAUUUGGAAGAAUGUCUUUAUUAUUUAAAGUUAAACGUGAACAUGAAUAAUUUUAUAUUUGAUAAUUAAUGUUAAAAUAUCAAUCUAGUCUUAAGUGUGUUAUG